AUGGGGUCGUGGUGGAGCCUUUUAAGUCAAGAGAAAAAUAAACCAGAGACCCACGGCGGCCCCACUGGCUGCUUCUGGGGACCCCGAAUCAGCAGCUGGAGCUGCCAGCUCGGAAAGCCGGGGCUCGGGGACUGGGCACGGGGACCCCGGCCAGUGAGCGCCUGUGCCCCGGGACCGCCCCUCCCGUGCGCUCUCUCGCCGCGAUCCCGGGCCGGGCUCGCCCGCAGGGUGCUGGCAGCAGCAGCCAUGAGCCAGGACGCGGACCCCAACGCUCCGGAGCAAGCGGACAGAGAUGCCUGCAGUGUGCCCGGUGCCCAGGCGGCCCCGGCACCCGCGGGCCCGCGGGGGAUGCAGCUGCCGCCGCCGCCCCCGCCCCCGCCCCCAGCCGGCCUUCCCCGGAUCAUCCAAAAUGCCGCCAAGCUCCUGGACAAGAACCCGUUCUCCGUCAGUAACCCGAACCCUCUGCUUCCUUCACCUGCCAGUCUCCAACUGGCUCAACUGCAAGCCCAGCUCACCCUCCACCGGCUGAAGUUGGCACAGACAGCUGUCACCAGCAACACUGCCGCCGCCACAGUCCUGAACCAAGUCCUCUCCAAAGUGGCCAUGUCCCAACCUCUCUUCAAUCAGCUGAGGCAUCCAUCUACGAUUAGCACCCCGCACGCCCAUGCCGGGGUGCCCCAACAUGCUACAACCAUACCCAGCACCCAGUUUCCCUCUAAUGCAAUUGCCUUUUCGCCCCCCAGCCAGACACGAGGCCCAGGACCCUCUAUAAGCCUUCCCAGCCAGCCCCCUAAUGCCAUGGUGUUGCAUCCUUUCAGUGGGGUAAUGCCUCAGACCCCUGGCCAGCCAGCUGUCAUGUUGGGCAUUGGCAAGACCGGACCCGCUUCGGCUACAGCAGGAUUCUAUGAGUAUGGCAAAGCCAGCUCUGGCCAGGGCCAGACAUAUGGCUCAGAAACAGACAGUCAGCCCGGCUUCCUGCCAGCCUUGGCCUCUACCUCAGGCAGUGUGACCUACGAAGGACACUACAGCCACACAGGGCAAGAUGGCCAAGCUGCCUUUCCCAAAGACUUCUACGGACCCAAUUCCCAAGGGUCGCAUGUGGCAGGCGGAUUUCCAGCUGAGCAGGCCGGGGGCAUGAAAAGUGAGGUAGGGUCACUGCUGCAGGGUGCAAACAGCCAGUGGGAAAGCCCCCAUGGAUUUUCUGGCCAAAGCAAGCCUGAUCUUACAGCAGGUCCCAACCUGUGGCCUCCACCCCACAGUCAGCCCUAUGAACUGUACGACCCUGAGGAACCCACCCCAGAUAGGACCCCUCCUUCCUUUGGGGGUCGGCUUAACAACAGCAAACAGGGUUUCAGUGGUGCCCGGCGGCGGGCCAAGGAAGAGCAAGGGAUGCUGUCGGUGCGGCCCCUGCAGGCUCACGAACUGAAUGACUUUCAUGGUGUAGCCCCCCUCCACCUGCCACACGUCUGUAGUAUCUGCGACAAGAAGGUGUUUGAUUUGAAGGACUGGGAGCUACAUGUGAAAGGGAAGCUGCACGCUCAGAAAUGCCUGAUCUUCUCUGAAAAUGCUGGUGUCCGGUGCAUGCUCGGUUCUGCAGAGGGAACACUGUGUGGCUCUCCCAACAGCACAACUCUUUGUAACCCUGCUGGGAACCAAGAUUAUGACGCAAAUCUCGGAACAUUGUACGCAGCCAUUCCAGUACGGUCAUUUGCUCAGUCAAGUCCUGCGUUUCCUUUGGCUUCCACAGGGAUAAAUUUUGCACAGCAGAAAAGCGCUGGCCGCGUGGUGCACAUCUGCAAUCUCCCUGAAGGAAGCUGCACCGAGAAUGAUGUCAUCAACCUGGGGCUGCCCUUUGGAAAGGUGACUAAUUACAUCCUCAUGAAGUCGACUAACCAGGCCUUUUUAGAGAUGGCUUACACAGAAGCUGCCCAGGCCAUGGUCCAGUAUUAUCAAGAAAAAUCUGCUAUGAUCAAUGGUGAGAAGUUACUCAUUCGGAUGUCCAAGAGAUACAAGGAAUUGCAGCUGAAGAAACCCGGGAAGACUGUGGCUGCUAUCAUCCAGGACAUCCAUUCCCAGAGGGAGAGGGACAUGUUCCGGGAAGCAGACAGAUACGGCCCAGAAAGGCCACGAUCCCGCAGUCCAGUGGGCAGGUCACUCUCCCCAAGGUCUCACACUCCGAGCUUCACUUCCUGCAGCUCCAACCACAGUCCUCCGGGCCCCUCCCGGGCUGACUGGGGCAAUGGCCGGGACUCAUGGGAACAUUCUCCCUAUGCCAGAAGGGAAGAAGAGCGAGACCCAGCCCCCUGGAGGGAAAAUGGGGAUGACAAGAGGGACAGGAUAGACCCCUGGGUACAUGAUCGCAAACACCACCCCCGGCAACUGGACAAGGCUGAACUGGACGAGCGACUGGAAGGAGGGAGGAGCCACCGGGAAAAGUACCUGAGGUCUGGAUCUCCCAACCCACUUCACUCUAUGUCUAGCUACAAAAGCCGAGAAGACGGCUACUACCGGAAAGAGCCCAAAACCAAGUUGGACAAGUAUCUGAAGCAGCAGCAGGAAGCCCCCGGGAGGUCCAGGAGGAAAGAUGAGUCCAGGCUUCGAGAAAGCAGACCGUCCCAUCCUGAUGACUCAGGCAAGGAAGACGGGCUGGGGCCAAAAGUCACUAGGGCCCCUGAGGGCACCAAGUCCAAGCAGAGUGAGAAAAAUAAAAGCAAGAGACCUGAUAGAGACCAAGAAGGAGCUGAUGAUAGAAAAGAAAACAAAAUGGCAGAGAAUGAGGCUGGAAAAGAGGAACAGGAGGGCAUGGAAGAAAGCCCCCAGUCAGAGGGCCGACAGGAGAAAGAAGCAGGAUCCUUUGAACCGGAAAACACACGGACAGAAAAGGAACGAGAUUGGGAGAGUGGAAGUGAGGCAGAGGGCGAGAGCUGGUAUCCCACCAACAUGGAGGAGCUGGUCACAGUGGACGAAGUGGGGGAAGAAGAAGAUUUUAUCAUGGAACCGGACAUCCCAGAGCUGGAAGAAAUUGUGCCCAUUGACCAUAAAGACAAAAUCUGCCCAGAAAUGUGUCCCUGUGUGACGACCACCUUAGAUCUGGACUCAGCCAAGGAUUUCUCCAAGGAGGGAAUCAAGGCUGUAGGGAACGGGGCUGUAGAAAUCAGCCUCAAGUCAUCUAGAGAGUUGUCUUCUGCUUCCACAAGCUAUCCCAGUGACAUGGACGUGGAAAUGCCUGGCCUAAAUCUGGAUGCUGAGCAGAAGCCAGCUGAAAGCGAGACAGGCCUCUCACUGGAGGAUUCGGAUUGCUACGAGAAGGAAGCAAAGGGAGUGGAGAGCUCAGAUGUUCAUCUGGCCCCUCCAGUCCAGCAAAUGUCUUCCCCCCAGCCAGCAGAGGAGAGGGCCCGGCAACCCAGCCCAUUUCUUGAUGAUUGCAAGACCAGGGGGACUCCCGAAGAUGGGGCUUGUGAAGGCAGCCCCCUGGAGGAGAAAGCCAGCUCCCCUACUGAAAGCGAUCUCCAAAGCCAGGCUUGCCAAGGAGUGUUGACCCCGGAAAACUCCAGGUAUAUGGAAGUGAAAUCUCUGGAUGUGCAGUCACCAGAAUACACUGAAGUGGAGCUGAAACAACCCAUUUCUUUGCCUUCCUGGGAACCAGAGGAUGUGUUCAGUGAACUUAGCAUUCCUCUAGGCGUGGAGUUCGUGGUUCCCAGGACUGGGUUUUAUUGCAAGCUGUGUGGGCUUUUCUACACGAGCGAGGAGACAGCAAAGAUGAGCCACUGUCGUAGUGCUGUCCACUACAGGAACUUACAGAAAUACUUGUCCCAGCUGGCGGAAGAAGGCCUCAAGGAGACUGAGGGGGCUGGCAGCCCCAGGCCCGAGGAUAGCGGAAUUGUGCCAUGCUUCGAAAGGAAAAAGCUGUGA